AGUUCUGGACGCCAGGACGACCGAUCACUGGCACACAGCAAACAUGGCCUCCGUCGCUCCCUUCAGCCGCAGGCAGUGGGCGUCCCAGUCACUGAGGGUCACCGCCAAGGAGAUGUCCAUCGUCUCUGCCCGGGGCAAAAACAACGCCAUCGCGGAGCGCUUCUCCAAGUAUCAGAUGGCAGCGGAGGAGGGAAAUGCAGAGAAGAAGAAGACGGCUGCAGCACCUCUGCCCUCGGCGCCGCGCAGCGGGAAUCUAAGUGUUUUAAAGAAACGCUGGGAACAGCAGCAGCACAGAGCCCAAACGCAGGAGGCCACGCCCUGCGGCCCCGCCGACCCUCCGACCCCCGUCAGCCAAUCUGCGGGCCCCAAACCCUCACGCAGGUCACCGUUACAGAGCCGCUCCGACACCUGGAGGAGAUCCACCGAGCCACAGGAGCAGGACACCGAGCCACAGCCCGAGAUCGGUGAGGAGCAGCCGGACCUGACGGACAUGGAGGCGCCGCCGAGCAGAGCGACUGAGGAGCUGGAGGCUGGAGCCGAAGUGCCUGAGUGUGAGAAGCCCAGCGUCCCCCUCACCAGCCUGAAGAGGAUGUUUGAGACGGGAGAGAGCCCGAGAGACCAGUUGUUGCAGGAGUCCAGAGAACAGACGGGCGAUAACAUGGAGCAGCUGCUAGGAGAUGGAAGUCUUGCUGAGUCCACUCCUCUCCGGGACAGGAUGGCUCUUUACCAAGCUGCUGUCUCCAAACAGGACGUCGCUAGCGAUCAGCUGGACACGUUCUGUGGGAAGCAGAAGGAGAACGUCCCUCCGUGCUCUCUGGACCUGGUUCAGAGUCCAGAGUCCGACGCAAACGGCAGAAAAGCUUUGACAGCAGAGAGCAACGGUUCCGGUCCUGGCACCCCGGUGUCGUCCAAUCAGAGAGACUCGUCUCAGCCCAAGACUCCCAGAAGCUUCCGGCCGCCGGUGAGGGAGAGCUGCGUGACGUGUCUGAAGACGGUGUAUCCUCUGGAGAGGCUGGUGGCCAAUCAGCACGUUUACCACAGCUCCUGCUUCCGCUGCUCGCACUGCAACACGAAGCUGAGCUUGGUGAACUACGCCUCCCUGCACAACAACGUGUACUGCAAGCCGCACUUCAGCCAGCUCUUCAAGGCCAAGGGCAACUACGACGAGGGCUUCGGCCACCGGCCCCACAAGGAGCUGUGGGAGAGCAAAGGCGACGCCGGCGAGUCCUCGCCGCCGAAGAUCCAGAGCUCCGCCCCGGCCUCCGACCUGGAGAGCCCCAGUGUGGAGGACUCCCCUCUGGCUAAAGUCAACGUUCUGAUGGCCACGAUGGAGGCUCUGGGUCAGGGGUCGUCAGAGAAGGCCGACAGACCCACCGAGGCCCGCCGACUCAAAAUCUCCUGGCCGCCGCGCACCGAGCCGGAGGAGGGCGGAGCGACCGCAGAGGGCGGGUCUGCUGGUAAACCCAUCAGAGCCAAGUGGCCCCCAGAGGAAGACUCCGCCUCCUCACCCACAGAACAGGCCAGAGAGACGUCCUGUCUGCGCCGCAGCUCCUCCCUGAAGGAGCGCAGCCUCCCCUUCACGCUGGCGACCAGUCCGGACUCCAGGAAGCAGAGUUCACCUCCUCCUGCGGAGGAGCAGCUCAGCCCUGAGCCCUCCGGCAUGGAGCUGCAGCUCGGAGGCGGCCAGUCGCCCGACGGCCAAACGCCCACCGAAGACAACUGCGUCGACAUUCACACCAGCUCAGGGGAGGAGGAGCAGGAGGGGGAGAUGAAGAGCGAAGAGGUGACCGAGCAUCAUGUCGCCCAGGAGGAGGAAGAGGAUGCUCUGGGAGGAGGAGCUGAGCAGCAGCAGGAGGAAGACGAGGGGGAGAAGAUGGAGGAGGAGGAGGAGGAAGAUGUCGGCGUGUUGGAGGAGAUGCCAACAGAGGCCGUCUUGUCUCCUGAGGCCGAGGUGGAGGUCAGCAGGUCGUCCCAGGACGUGGGAUUCUGGGACAGCGAGGAGGUGGAUGAUAAAGAGGAGGAGGAGGAGGCGCUGACAGUGGAGGAGAUGAUCAAAAGAAACCGGUUCUACGAGGAGGAAGAGGAGGAAGAGGACGUGUGAGCCGACAGCCGAGAAGACUUUCAGAACUUUUUCAGACCAUUUCUUCUUCUUCUUCUUCUUCUUCUUCUCCUCGAGUCGCUGCAGCGUCGAGCUCUUUCUUCUGCUUUCGUGCCUCUUCACACAUUCAUAGUUUUUACUGUCGCUCCGGCAUGAUUAGUUUUUUAAGUGAAAUAUUUAAAACUACAUGUUGUGAAUAUUUUUAGAACAGAAAAGGUUGUGACCUGUUGAAUACACAUUUUAAUUGUGCGUACGUUAACUGUUGUAAUAAUUCAGUGUUUUCUUCGGCUGCCUCUCGAUCUGAACACCAGCUACGUGGUCUUAUUACGCCAGGAAGUGGGAAACUCACUCGUCACUUAAGAGCAAAGUUAAGGGUCAAACUCUGAAGCCGCUCAGCCCGAACCCCCCCACCCCCCCCCCUUCCAAAACAUUUCCUGUUUUUAUUAACGACGGGUUUUCAGUGGAAAAUAAAUCCGUCACUUUCUCUUCAGUUGCCAUGAAAAAAAAAAACCUUGUUUUGCAUCGUGUAUCUGAAUCAUGAUCUUUUUAAAAUCAGGGACCAAAUCUCCAGAACUUCUACUGUUUGAAUAAAUUGUUAUUUACUAAA